CCCUCUUCAGUGAGUCCGAAAUUGAAAGAGCCCACCUGUUAUACCGUGAAUCUCACGGCAGAAGCCCGUGGCUUCGGAUUUUCCAUUCGAGGAGGCCACGAACGUCAGCAGACCCCCAUGUUCAUCCUCCGCAUUGAGAAGGGAAGUCCAGCGUUUCGUAAUGAGAAAAUGCAAAUUGGCGACGAGGUUUUGGAAAUCAACGGGACGGCUACUGCAGCCUUGACCCAUGCCCAAGUGGUCCGCAUUGUCAAACUUGGCGGAAGCCACAUUCGUCUUAAACUUCGUCGUGUGAGCACGUGUACAUACGAUCUGUCAUUCUGA